GUCCUCAGCCCCCGCCGGGCCCAGCAGCCAUGGGGGCGUCGGUGCGGCUCCUGCGGGCAGUGCUCAUGGGCCCCCCGGGCUCCGGCAAGCGCACGGUGGCGUUGCGCAUCACCAAAGGCUUCCAGCUGAAGACGUUCUCCAGCGGGGACCUGCUCCGAGACAACCUGCUGAGGGACACAGAGAUCGGUGUGCUGGCCAAGGUUUUCAUGGACCAGGGGAAGCUCAUCCCGGACGACAUCAUGACCCGGCUGACCCUUCACCAGCUGAAAACCUUCACCCAGGAGAGCUGGCUGCUGUGCGGUUUCCCCAGGACGCUGCCACAAGCGGAGGCCCUGGAGAGAGCUUAUCAGAUACACCUGGUGAUGAGCCUGGACGUGCCCUCGGAGGUCAUCAAGCAACGCCUCUCUGCUCGCUGGAUCCAUCCGAGCAGUGGGCGCGUCUACAACCUGGAAUUUAACCCUCCCAAAGCCAUUGGCCUGGAUGAUCUCACUGGCGAGCCUCUGGUUCAGCGUGAGGACGACAGACCAGAGACGCUUAACCAGAGGCUGAAGGCUUACGAAGACCAAACCAAACCCGUCCUGGAAUAUUACCGGGAAAAGGGGGUGUUGGAGACUUUCUCCGGAACGAAAACCGACCAGAUCUGGCCCUGCGUGCGUGCUUUCCUGCAAACAAAAGUUCCCCAAAUAGACCAGAAAGCAUCGGUUACUCCAUGAGGACAAAUGCUUGCAAUCAGCAAGCUGAGCAUAAUCUCUUCUUCCUUUCUUCUGUUAGAAGUUCCUCCUUCUAAGGCUCCACCGUGUAUGAAGUCCUUGAAAGUUAAAUUAGUUUCAUUUCUCCAGAUUUUAUUUUGGAUGCUAAGGAUAAUGCCAAAUGAGGCUCAUGCUGAGAUUUGUCUUUGGAAAUUGCCUAGUGUGUUUUAUCCAGCUAUGGGUACACGAUACAAAAACAUCAGAGAUGUCCGAGCUUAAAACAUCCUUGUAGAGCAAAAUUAAAAGAGCAGUUGGUAGUAAUCUGACUUCUGCUCAGGCGGAAAAAGUGAUUCGUUUCAUAUCUUUCUGGAAAAGUAAAAAAAAAGUUACAUUAUACCAAUUUGGAGACAAUAUCUCAUCAGAGGCCUUUGUGUAGCCAGAUGCCAAAAAAGACGUUUCUAGCACAUGGGACAUGGCUUUGUGAGAUGCUGUAUCUAUAAAAUUCCAGAUAAAAAUAACUGGAUUUACAGAUUCGGUGGGGGGGGGGGCUAAGAAAUGUGUGCCUUAUGAUCUACUUGCCAGUUCUUUUUGAUGGUCAUGCCUUGAAGAGUAACAAAGUCUUUUUUAAACAAAGAAGAAAAACUCGUGACACUACAGAAAAUGCCCAUGCUUGGUCAUUGAAGAGAUGGAAAUGGAACAGGCUGACCUGGUGGGAAAUUUCCUGGACAGAUACAGCAGUCAUAAUUAGUAACAGGUGUAGCAAUAAAAAAAAAAAGCUUUCUAUGAGAGGUAAAAAAGGUCCAGGAAGGUGAGUUUGCUGAAGGUGGAGUUCUUUAUUCUGGAUGGAGAAAAUUGAUACCUGGGAUUGCUCACUGCCAUCCUCUCCCAAGAGGAGAAAGUCCUGUCAGUGUGUGUCAUCUGACCACAUUUUUAAAUCCUGAUUUUUUAUUCCUUUGUGGGGCUGGGAGGACACAUGCUUAUGUGCCGUUGCCUGGUAGGAGUGGGGCAGUAGGAAAGAGGUAGAGGAGAAACACACGUAUCUUCAAUGGCAUAUUUAUUCUUUAUUUCAGUUGGUGCUAAAUCAAAUGAAACAAGUUCUUGUUGGACAGGCUGUUAUUAACUGCUUUUGAAAACGUGGCCCAUUUCACCCCAGGCACUUAAAAUAUACAUCCAAGCAAGUGUGUCUUAUACAUUUGGGAGAAAAAUUCGCUUUACCUUCUUUGGGUUGUAUUUUUCAUUCGUUGUCAGUUUUUCAAAAUGGACCAAGUCUUUUUAAAAGGGUUACAGAAAACAUUUCAUUCUUCAAGACACUUUCUAUAACAACCUCCUUGGAUAUUACGUGCUUUCCGAGAGAGAACUACUCAACUUAGGCAUUAUCUCUAGUCACUAGGUUAUAAGACACAUAUUAGUCUUUGUCACAAUAAAAUUACAUUUCAGAAAAAAAUA